CCUUGACCCCAAAUUAAUCCAAUCUGCAUUUAUAUAAAGCUAUACAAACUGACUGCCAGAGACCUCUAUGAUUGAGAUAAGGACGUGAGAGUACAUUCCCAUCAACUACACGGUCCCUGGAAGUGAUAUAAACCGAGAAGAUGGAGCAGAAGUUCAUUACCAAAAGCAUAUUGUCUGCUGCUGAACAAGGCCUCAAGUCAGAACUACAAAGCUACAUCAGUCGAGGGGUUGUGAGUGUUGUUGAUGAGGAGGGGUCCACUCCGCUCAUUUAUGCAGCUGCCAACGGACGAGAGGAGAUUGUACGGCUACUUCUAGACAAGAAGACGAUAGCCUCCAAUAAAUUAGAAUACAACACAGACGUGAAGUACUGCGACCAACAGAACAUCUAUGGAUGGACAGCCCUCAUGCAAGCGGCCUGUUACGGUCACAUGAACGUGGUGAUCUCUCUGAUACAAAGAGGGGCCAAUGUCAACAUCCAGAAUACUUGGGGAGCCUCGGCUUUAGUCGGUGCCAGUCAGGGCGGCUUUUACGGAGUAGUACACAAGUUACUCAACGUUGGAGCUGAAGCCAAUCCUGAUAUUAGUACUGGAGGCAUGGCCACUCUCACUCCUCUUAUGGCGGCCACCCAGUGUGGGCAUGUGGAGAUAGUCCAGGAGUUGUUGAGGAGGGGGGCGGAUGUAGGGACCUGUCUCAAGGGGACACAGUGGACGGCACUCAUGCUAGCAGCUCUCAAUAAUCAGCUGCCAGUGAUGGAGCUGUUGUUACAACACGGUGCUGACAAAAAAGCUACUGAUAUUAACGGGCAAACAGCUGCUGACCUUGCAGCCGCCCUGGGGCACACUGACAUGGUCCGGCUGCUCACUGGCAAGAAACCAAAAGAGUGCUCGGAAGGAGAAUUCUUUGAUAAAGUGAAAUCAGGUGACAUUGAGAGGGUGAGAGUUGUGCUGGAGACUCAGAAGCAGCUGGCCAACAGCCGAGACAAGGAUGGUGCCACGCCCCUCAUGCUUGCCGCUAACAGAGGGAAUAUCAAGAUGGUGGAAUUGCUAUUGGACAGAGGAGCGGGUGCUAACACCACAGAUGAUAAGUACGGCUGGACUGCUCUCAUGCUGGCAACACAUCAGAGGAAGUACGAGGUGGUGCAGCUGCUCGGAGAGAAGGGGGCGGAUGUUAGCGUACGUGGGAAGAGCGGUUCCACUGCAUUUGACGUCGCUAAUAUGAUCAGUGAUAUUAAGAUGAUUCGUCUGAUUGCCAAUAUCACUGUGGAGCAGAUUCAACAUGCUGGACCAUCUGAUGCCCCUCCUCCACUAGCCAUUCCGGCGCUUAGUGGUGGGCGUGAGUCACUACGCAACCUCAUGCCAAAGGAGAAUGAGGGUGUGGUCAAUGGUAAGGCGGUCAAGACAGAGGAGAAGGAAGCAGAGGACGUGAAGGUGCUGGAUUUGACAGAUUUGAAGCGCAAGUUGGACAAAGCUUAUCGGACACCAACACCCAGUAUCAGUGUGGAUGAUGAGGAUAACUUAGCGAAAGAAUCGUCUGUACAAUCAAGGUUCCCCAUGAAGCGUACGGUGGCUUCAUCACCACAACGACUAGCCACGCCCAUACCCUCGUCUCUGUCCUCAUCAGUGGCCAGUGAACUAUCCUCUACAUCCUCCAGCUUAUCGGGUCGAGUGGGAGUUAGUGACCCCUUCAGUGAUAGACCACCACUCCCUCACAGCAGCCCCUCGCUACUGGGAAGGAAGAAACCUCCAAGUCUCUUCCUAAGAAAUCAAGGAACUCAAAGCCUGGCCCCCAAAACCACCCCUAAUUUCCGACCCUCUUCCUCCAUUGCUACUGCCAGGAGAGCUUCGAUGACGUCGCCUAUGCAGCCAAAGCUAACACCCAAAUCAAACUCCCCUUCGUUAAGGAGUAAAUUAAAGGGGCAGGUCCCAUUCUCGUACCCUAAGAUGGAGCGAGAUCUGACCAGGAGAAGAGCUGAGACGGUACCUGCGUCAGCUUAUCGUGGUGUAGCCAAACCGAAGAAGAAGAUCUCCCUACCCCGACCACCACCAGGAAUCGAUGUCAAGAGUGCGCUAGAAAUGGAAUCCCUCGGACAUCUCUACCCUGUUUUCAAGGAGCAAGAGAUCACAAUGGUGGCGCUGUUGACAUUGACUAGGAAUGAUCUGGCUGAGUUGGGGGUGAGAUCAGAGGACACGGGGAGGGUGCUCUCUCUCAUCACUAAGCUUAAACUAAUGUCAUCUCCAGGCCACACUCCAGGCCAGUAUACGACCACACCUGCAGCUUCUCCAGUGUUCACCUUCCUACCGUGAGAACAUUGCAGCUUUAAAGAACAUACUCCUACCAUAAAAUUAUUGCACAAUUUGUGUCUUGAAAGUUUGUGUGUUUUCAAAAUCAGUUCAACAAAAUUGAAACAUGGAA